CUAGGUGCAAUUGUGGAUAACAUUUAAGUUACUGUCCUGACUUCUUGAGAAUCUGAGUGGUUUUAACAACCUAAAGUUACAGGGGCAAUUGUACAGCUUAUAGCUCCAGUAAUUUCUUUAAGAAAAGUAUUAUAUUUAGAGAAUAAAAUUGUCUCAAAUCCAUAGGCUGACACACUUUCUCCCACUGCCUGUUGAGUGCACAGGGUACUAGGAACUCCCUUUCACUAAUUGCAUCCUAAAGGACAGAUUUCUCUGUAUUCAUCUCAUGUUUUAGAGGGACGAAACAACUAGUUUCGUAUUUCUUUGGACCUCCAACCACAUUAAGUGUGCACUUUGAGUUGUCUGCCCUGUUUAAGAUGUUUGCAAUGUUGAGCCAAGUAAUUAAAAUAUUAGUUUAGCAGCUGCAUCCAUCACCCCUUUAACAAUAUUCAUUUCUUUAAAAUCAAUUUACAAAGUGUAUGCUAUAUUAAUCUGUUAUUUUAUUCAUUUGCCUUUCCUACAUCCUACUGUAACCAUUAUAAUACUUCCCUUGUUUAGUCUUAUAGUGCUGCUGGAUAGUAGUGUAAUCCUCAACUUACUGACACUUCAAAAGUCUCUCCUGUGUUCAUUUAGAUAAGUAAAAUAAAGCACGUACCUAUGAAACACAGUAGGAUUGUUAGGAAAAUUCCAACCUUGUUUUGAAAAACCUGUUUUCUUUUAUUCUCUCAAAUACAAGCACUAUUGUAUCUAAGCCUUUUCUUAUAUACCAAGCAUCUAGCAAAAAGCUUUUUUAAAGUGGAGAAGCAAAAAUUAAGCUGUUUCACAGUAUUAGCUAGAACCCACACUAUUGUCUGUGCUUACAAGGUUCACGACCUUUUCAGGAUCUACACUAGAUGGUUAGGGAACUUCCCCUUUGACCAGCCAGGUCUUGCAUAAUGGAGGAAAAAACCCUUAAUGACUUCCAAGUCCAUUUGAGGAUACAGAAACAAAAAAAGUGGUGUGGCAAGUCUUGUCAGUGGCCGUGCUAGUUCCUCUGCUUUAAAGCCAUUGGUGACAUUCUAUUUUUAAAUCUUAUACGGUGCACCUAACUCUGUGAGCAGAGGCCUUGAAACUCAUUUACUAAUCACAACUAUGCUAGCAACUGACUGAUGAGUGUUGAACACAUAGUAGUGACCCAUUGCUGCUUCAUGUUAAGGAGAAUUCUCACCCCCUGGGAGCCCUUUCGUACCCCAAUGUUCUGCAGUCAUUGUAAUGAAUCAGAGGUGUGGUACGGUCUUACUUUUGUGCUGUCAGUAGCUGCAGGACAGCAAAACCUGGAAACGGUGUUCUGAGAAAUGCUACUAUAUGUAUACUAUAUAGAAUGGGAAAAUUCAGAAAUACUUCCUCGGUUUCUUCUUGCUUCUGUACAGAAUGAUCUCCUUCCAAGGCUGUUGGAAUGCAGAGCCAUGUUAAUAACAUUAAUGAACCAAAAUCAGAGUGCUGAGCAUGGUUUCCCCCAUGUUGUAUGGUGGCAAGUUUCAAAGCUUGUUUGGAACAGCAGAGUCAUCAAUAUGUUCAAGACAUAUGUUUGAAAGGUGGUGAACUAGUGGAAGAGUUGCAACUUUUUGAAGAUACAAACCUUACCAUACUUUUCUUGUUGCAUAUCUGGAAAGUAAUAAAGGAAACCUCAGCCACACUUCAUCAAAAUGCAGCGGAGUCUAUUACAUACUGCAUCUCAGCUGGCGCAUGGGACGUGUUUGGUUUUUCCUCGCACUAGUACCUUUCAGUGCUUAAAAGGACAAUCAGUGUUGUCUGAUGUUGGAUGCAAAGUGAUUUUAGCACUGGACCCUCCUAAACGAUGUCUUCAUGCAGGUGCAGCACACUUUGCCUCAAAGAAAAGCGCUUUUUCAUCACAGCCAGCAGACACUCCUCACAAAGUAUCAGAAGAGAGAAAUCCUUUGACUUCAGCCACUGAUACACCCAAGCAGAGCCCUGUAGAGUCAGAUUCUUCAGAUCCUGAUCCGUUACAAGACAAAUCAAUUAGUCUCGUUCAGAGAUUCAAGAAAACUUUUAAACAAUAUGGAAAAGUCAUGAUUCCAGUGCAUCUUCUGACUUCCACUGUAUGGUUUGGAUCCUUUUACUAUGCAGCCAUGAAAGGAGUGAAUGUUGUUCCAUUCCUGGAGUUGAUUGGCUUACCAGAGAGCAUAGUAAACAUCCUGAAAAAUUCCCAGAGUGGAAAUGCACUAACUGCAUAUGCAUUGUAUAAAAUUGCAACUCCUGCCAGAUACACUGUGACUUUGGGAGGAACAUCCAUCACUGUUAAAUAUCUACGUAAGAAUGGCUACAUGUCCACACCACCACCAGUAAAGGAAUAUCUACAAGAUAGGAUGGAGGAAACAAAAGAUAAAAUUACAGAGAAGAUGGAGGAAACAAAAGAUAAAAUUACAGAGAAGAUGGAGGAAACAAAAGAUAAAAUUACAGAGAAGAUACAAGAAACCAAAGAUAAAGUUUCAUUUAAAAAAAUAAAGGACUAGGAGGGAUGCUUAAUUUUUGGAUAUAUCAAAUUUAGCACUUUAACCUUUUGUGAGGCAGGAUAUACAAAGUGCACUUCUGAGCUUUUUUCUUUUUUCUUUUGUUUUUUCUUUUUUCUUUUUUUUUUCUUUUUUUUUUCCCUUGUCUGGAGACUACAAUUGCUCUGUGGAUUUAAAAAUUCUGUAUAUUCACCAAGGUUAAAGUUCCCUGGGGGAGAGUAGUUGUGACAAAAUUUCAAUUUACAGAAGGAAUAAUGAAUCACAAAUUAGAAUUUCACGUGUCCAUUGGUAAUAGUGUUAACAGUUACUCUUCCCUCUUUUCUUCCCCCUGCCCCCCUCAAAAUGAAGAUGGUUUCUUUCAAAAGCCACUACUUUAUUCUUCUUCCAUCAUAGUGCACAGCCAUUAUUCCAUUAGACUGAAUCUUCCAUUAAAUGAGAAUGAAGAUUUCUCUGCUGGGAAAGGCAACAUAUUUUGCUUUUCAGAGUAUGUGGACCCAGGCCUCUUCAAUAGUGAUCAUCUCUCAACUUGGAGACAGACCAUUAUCAGUGAUACUGCACGUGAAGGAGUCAAUGGAUUAGCCAGUCAGUUGGAAUGAAUUGUAAUGGCUAUGCUAACUUCAGCUGAGCUGAGCUGUGAUAGUUUACAGGUUUGGACUAUGAAUCUUUCUUGGACAGUGUAUCUUUUCAGAAAUCUCAACUGAAAUCUAUGGGAAGAUGAGUUAAUCACAGUAGCCAUACUAUCAAGUAUACUUUGUUUCCUAAAGUUGAUUUACAGUAGAAAAAAAGUUAUUAAAUGAAAUUAAUCAAUAAUUGUAUAUUAAAAGCUAGGAUUUUUUUAUUAUGUUGAAGUUUACAAAACUGUUCCAUUUCAUUUUCAGAACAAAAAAAAUUCUGAAAGAGAAGUUUACUUGAGAAAUUGGUAUACCAAGGGGCUUUUUAAAUACAUGCAAAGUUAAGAGUUAAACCCAAAAGUUCCUCCUCCCAUUCAGGAAUCCCUCAGACUUUAGUAGAACAAUUUAACUAAAAUAAGCAUAAUUUCAGAGACAGAGAUCACCAUCUACCAAAUCUUUUUUCCCCUGGAUUUUCUUAGGUCAAGCAAAUACUUAUUCAUAGCUGAAGGCUGAAAUGCUGUCUCAGAGAUGUCAUAAAGGACUGAAGUUCAAACUGUUCUAUUUGACUGGGCAGGCAACCUUCUCUCAUGGUUUUACUCAAAUGUAGGCUAAAUUGAAGUGUUCUUUUUUCCUAUUUCUAUUACAGAUCCCACUUUGUAGCUGCGCUCUGCAUGUGUAUCUUGUUUCAUAAAGGUGGGGUUUUGCAGGGGGAUAUGCAGAAGCAACAGAGUUGGGCCCCGAGCAUUGUAAAUUACUAGAAUAAAAGAAUAUGGCUGACAAAGUGUCAGCUCUGUCCCACUCUUAUGUGUUCAGUCAAGUCACUGAGAGCCUCUCCAUGUUUGAGUGAGUUGAACUUCAUUAACUUAAUUAUGCAGGAUUGAUUAUAUACUUCUCUGCCUCUGUCCACAUGUCAAAUCGUGACUGCAAUCUAUUGCCUACCUCACAGGGAUGUUGUGAGGAAUAAUCAUUGUAUAUACAUCUUCAGGGCAUUGAAAAGUGCCAUGUUUCUGAUAAAUAUUAUUAAAAAGUAAUUCUGUGAA